UAAAUAUGAAAAAAUUGCAUCAACUUAAAAAUGACUCCAGAAUGAGAAGACCAUUGAAGAUGCAUGGUUCCAAGAGACGCUUAAGGAAAUAAAGAACAUGAUAAAGUCAAGAACAAGCAGGUAGAAGAGAGUAAAUAAGACCGUCAAGUUUAAACAAGAGGAGGAAGUCAAGGAAAUUGAGAAAGUAGCAGAACAGAUUUGUAUUAAGGAUGAACUUUCGCAAUUUUUGGGCAGGGUUAAAGCUGAUAAGCCAGUUUUUGGAUACCCAGACAUAAAUUAUUCAGAUACUGAAGUAGAUGAAGACUCUGAAGAAUCAAACAAAAGCAAAUAAAGACUUCGCUAGAAGCUUAAGUCCAAGUAGACCUAUUGCUAGAAGUCCGUGGAAAUAUUUACAGAACAAUAUUACUGCCCACACUGCUAAUCACAUUGCAUUAAAUAAUUUACUGACAGAAUACAAAAAGGAAGAGGAUAUGAUAAAUUACGUAUACGACUGAUUCACCAGAGGAAGACCUGUCCGUAGGGAAGAGUACAAGACCAAGCUCACACUUGAUGAUUUCAAAUAAGGCUAAAAAGAAAAAGGCAAAGAGGAGAAGAAGGAGAAAACUCAGGAAACAAAAAGGAUCAGAGAGUAAAGGUGAUGAGAAUGAAGAAACUACUAAUACUAUGCUAAGCUCAAGCGUCUCAGAGACAAGUCAAGAAAAGCCUAGAAGAUGAAUGUCUGACCCAAAGAUUCUAAACCAAGAAUAUCCAUUCCAAAAAAUUUUUGUGAAAUUCCAAACACCUGUGCAUAUAUCAAGCGAGAAUUCAAACCAAAGUUCAAGUCCAAAAGGGUCUGCUAAAACAGACCAACUAGGAUAUGCAAAGAAAAAGAGAAACCUUGCUCCAUCCCAUCAUUCAUCUUCCUCUAGUGAAUACUCCGAAUCUGAGCUAGAAUUGAUCAGAGAGGAAAAGCAAAAGGAGAAAGAUGACUGUAUUAAAGAGUUCUUAGCAGGUACAGAUACUGCAGGAAUCGACCUCCAAUACAACAAAUAUAAAUCAGAGUGGAAGAGGAUCAAAUAAAAUUAAGAAAGCCAAAGAAAGAGAGAGGAACAAAUAAGAAGAAAACCAUCCAGCUGAAGAAGGACAUCAAGAAGAAACUUUAUGAAGAGGAAAGACUCAAGAAACUUAAAGAAGAGACUGAGUUGCACUUGAGAGAGGCAGAGGGGAGUAAUGAGAAAUUGCCUGAUAAUGAAAAGUAUACGAAUUGUGGGUUGUAUCCGAGUUUGAUGAAUGUUGAUGAUAUUAAGAAUACAAGCAUCCUAGCGUUUAAGGGGUAACCUUAGUAAACAAGAUAUAACACUCCUGAGAAAAAGGAGGUUUGU